AUGGCGUCUUCUGCAAGCACAGGUGUAACAGCGGCUUCUGUCGGCCCCCAGAAUCAGUCAAUUUCUCAGAAAUUCACAGAUUUUGGACAUUUUUUGUACAAUAGUGAUGAGGGCACUGUGCUGGGAAGAACAGCUAAAAGUUGGGGUCAUAUCACCAUUUUCUACAUCAUCUACUAUGCAUGUCUAUCUGGGUUCUUCGCUGCCUUGUGCGCCGUGUUCUAUCAGACACUUGACUGGAACUUCCCAAAACUUUCUGGUCCAGAUAGCUUGCUGAGACAGAACCCAGGUAUGGGAUUCCGUCCAAUUCCUGAUGUAUCAACGACUCUUGUGCGAUUUGUGAAAGGCGAUCCAACCUCUUACAGUCCAUACACUGAUCACAUGGAGGCCUACCUCUCUUACUAUGAAAACGAGAACCAAGUGACUGACACUGGAGUGAUUGUGGAUUGUGAUGCCAUCAGCGGUCGUCGUCCAGAGUCCGAGUGGGACAAAGCCUGUCGAUUUGAUCUUACCCAGAACCUCGGAGCUGACUGUGUAAAACAGCAAGCCUUCGGAUUUGAUGAUGGAUUGCCAUGCAUUCUUGUCAAACUGAACAGGAUCUUCGAUUGGAUGCCCCAAAUGUACACGAAUGGAAGCGUACCACCAGAGAUUGCCGACAUGUACCAGAAUUACUAUGUCACAGUCAAGUGCACAGGAGAGAAUCCUUCUGACCAGGACAACAUUGGACCCAUUACUUACUAUCCAGCAGGAGGUUUCCACUACAAGUACUUCCCAUUCCGCAACCAGCAGGGAUACAGGACACCUCUUGUCUUUGUCAGAUUUGAACGCCCAACACCAGGAGUCCUCAUCAUGGUUGAAUGCAGAGCUUAUGCUGCUAACAUCCAGUAUGAUCGCUUAGAAAAGGCAGGCAGUGUCCAUUUUGAACUGCUAGUUGAUUAACCUUGUAUUUAUAGAUAGCUCUUUUAUGAAAAAAUAUUUGGGGUGAAAGGGGGCUUCGAUGUAGAGCUGGUUGUUUUAUCAAAAAAAAACUUUUUGGCUACUGGGGGGAUGGGAAAGGUUCUGGUCUGGUAAGCAAUUUGAUAUUGUACCGAUGAAACCAAACGACUAUUUGCAAAAAACAAAUCACAUUGAUUUCAGGAUUUCUGCAAGAAAAUUAAUUUGCACCUGCCAAAAACUUUGAUUCGCUUGUAAAUGUUUAUUGCCAACUUUGGCUCCUAAAGAAUUUCUACACAAUAGUUUUACUCUCUACAAAUGCAUUUGAAAGACCAAGACUCCCAAGUAGAUGUAAUGAACAGGUGCCUGAAAAUCAGCAACAGUUCUUAGGAUGAAGAUCUGAAAUUUUGUUAGCAUUUUCUUGCAAAUUUGAGUGAAAUGGUUUGAAGAAAGUUUAUUUGAUUUUUAAAGGUCUUCUUUUUUUGUUUGUAAAAGCAUUUUUUCAUUCAUUUCUCAGCUUUCCAAGGUUUUCUUUUUAGUUUACCAUACUUGCCCUCAUUUUCGUGUUCUAGCAUUUUGUAUGUAGUUGUUUUUAGAAGUAUUUUUAAAUGUUAGCAAAGAAAGUGGAUUUAUUCAUGACUGAUGCUGAGAUAAACGAACAGGGGGAAUAAAAGACAAAAAAAAAAUACAAAAAAAUGUAAGCAGUCGUUGAGUAAUACUCAGGGGUGAGUUUGGAAAAACAUGUCAUUUCAUCAGAAUGAAAUGGAAGGUGCAAUAUGUGAUUACAUAAUGCCUCGUUCAACAGGGGGGAUGCAUAAUCAUAUCCACAAGAUCGAUCACAAAUUAAAGCUCAAAAUUGACUCCUCUGUUUAAGCAGAUUUUGGUUCACAGAAGCUGUUUUUGUUACAAAAAUCACUUAUGCAAUUUCAAGUGGGAAGUCACUUUGUUUUGUUUUGUACAUUCCUUUAAAAACAAAUGUUUUUUUUAAACAAUUAUAUCUAUCCAGAUUUAUGUACAAAACUAGAAUGUAGUAUGUUGAUGUUGCCAUUGUGAAAAUGAAGUGUCCAGAUGUUUUUUUGUAUAGGAUGGAAAGAAGUUUUUAAAUCUUAUUGUUGUUAUAGAUACCAUGUAUUGUUGCUUUGUGUGUAGUGAACAUGAAAUUUUAUUCGAGAUGUUUUUACCAUUGCAUAACAAGGCUAACCUGUUCCAAAGUUGUUAAUUUCCAAAGACCGUCUUCAUUUGCUUUGGAACCCUAUAGACGCAAGUUUUAUUUUGAAACUUCCUUGACGGUUUUUUACUCUCUAUGUUUUUCAUUUGUAAUUCAAGAGAAAGAUAAGUGCCAUCUUUUAAAUGACCAAUCUAAUUGUAAUACCUACGAAAUAAUUAACGAAAAACUGUAGGCAUGCUAUGUUCAUUACUGUGCAGCUUUUGCGUAUAUAUAGUGAUACUACAAGCAUGAUUGUGAUGCAGAAGAGAAAUCAUGAUGAGAGAUGAAGAAGAUAAGAUGUUGUUUUUAAACAUAAUUCAAAGGUGACAUUUUCCUGUAAAUAUGUGAAUGCAUGACGGUAUGUGAAUGCAUAAAUAUUAGAAUGUAGGCUACUUACUGGACUUAAUCUCCACCAUUCUACUUGUACCAAAUGCUUAUUAUUGUAAAUUCAGAUUAAUUAUUAUAUAUAGCAAUACUGCACGGAUGUAAGCGGGUAAAACUGGAACCAAAACAAAAUCUUUGUCAUCUCAACGUGUGGCAUAUGUUCUUCAUUAAUGAUAAAAAGGGCAUUCAAAUGUGAAUUUUUGUUUACUCCUGGAAGAGUCUUGUGAUGGCAAAACAGUUCUGUAAUGUUUCCAGUUUAUAUAUAAAAAAUUUCUCACUGUCUGGAAUGUUUUGAACAUGAAUGAGUUGUUAAGCAGUUACACAAGGUUCAAUUGAUGUGAAACUCCAGUGGGAAAGGUUUUUAUUGACAGAACUUACACCCAACCACAUUUCCAUUCUUUUUACAUAUCAUAUUUCAUUAUGUCACUAAAUCUAUUACACUGUAUUGGUUUACAGAAGUGGUUGUGGAAGACAAUAAUAGUGUAUUCUAAUAAACUAACACCUUUAGAAAUGUUUGAAAUCUAGCUGUGUUCGGAGAAGAAAAAUCUUAUUGAAAAUGAAACAACUGAGAAAAUAGAAACUGGAAAGGAAAAAUAAUUUUUAAGAAAAGUGAUGAAAUGUCUUUUUGAUAGAAGUUUUAAGUAUUGUUUCCCAACACUCCAGUUUUCAACCCUGUUGAAUGGCUGGCAUUUCUACUUUUAUUCAAGAUGUAGCACUGAAAGAAGUAAAUAGAAAUAAACUUUGGUACAUUAAA